GGAAGGAAGGGGAAGGGGGCAGCCUGGCACUCAGACUCGGAGGCGGCCGCCGGGCACCCGCACGGAGCGAGCCCGGGCGGAGCGCGGCACCCAGCGGCCGCUGAGGCCGGGCCGGCAGCAGUAGCAACGGCCGCGGCGGUGCCGGAGGGAGCCUCUCCGUGAUCGGCUCCACGGUGCCGGUGACCUUCCCGGGGCUGCUCGCCGCCCGCCAGGCCGGGGCAGGGCCUCCUCUCCCCGCGGAGAGUGUGCGCCAGGCCCCGGGGAGAGGACAGGAGGCCGGGCCGGAAUCCCCCGUCGCCCCCGGGUCCUUCUGGCCGCCGGCGGGGCCUGUGCGCCGUGCGGCUCGCCGCCGGGGAGAGGGGCGGGGGAAGGCGAGCGGGACGGACGGACGGGGCCGGGCUGCACCUCAGGACAGCGCGAAGCAGGGAGCGGGCAGGCCCUGGAGAGAGAGCUGGGCGGAGGAGGAGGCAGCCACCUCGGCGGCGCAUCCCGGGAAGAGUGGGGACCUCCCCGCUUCCCUCCUCCUCCUCCUCCCACCGUCAGCGGCACCUCGUCCCGCGGAGAGUGGAGUCGCCGGUGCCGCCCCGGCUGGGACCCGCCGGCUGACACCUCCGGAGCGCCAGGCUGCGGGAACGGAGCUGGGGCGAAGGAGGGGGAAGGACCGCUUGCUUGCACGGAGAGGCGGGUGCCGAGCCCCCGUCCUGGCGGCCCGGGAGCCACCCGGGGAUGGUGUCCUGUGACGGCCCUUGAUCAGCAAGGCUGCAAGUCAUGUAGAAGCAGCGGUAACUGCAGAGUCUCUGAUGGAUAAUUGGAUAGGGAGUAAUAUGUGGGAGGCUGUGGACUAUUUGCUUCCAACAUAGGAACAGCACUGGGUUGGGAAUCUGCACUCCUGAGAGAAUGCUGGGAAUCUGCAGAGGGCGACGGAAAUUCCUGGCUGCCUCUCUGACCGUCCUUUUUGUCCCAGCCGUUACGUGGAUUUAUUUGUUUGCUGGGAGUUUUGAAGAUGGGAAGCCAGUGUCGCUGUCUCCACUUGAAUCCCAGCCCCACAGUCCUCGGUACACGGCGUCAAGCCAGCGGGAGCGGGAGAGCUUGGAAGUCCGCAUGCGGGAGGUGGAGGAGGAGAACCGCGUGCUUCGCAAGCAGCUCAGCCUGGCACAGAGUCGCAGCCCCGCGCACCACCGUGGCAAUCACUCCAAAACCUACUCCAUGGAAGAGGGGACGGGCGACAGCGAGAGCCUGCGGGCUGGCAUUGUGGCGGGGAACAGUUCCGAGUGCGGGCAGCAACCAGCAGUGGAAAAAUGUGAGACCAUCCACGUUGCCAUUGUUUGUGCAGGGUACAAUGCCAGUCGGGAUGUUGUCACACUUGUCAAGUCUGUCUUAUUUCACAGGCGAAACCCACUCCACUUCCACCUCAUUGCAGAUGCAAUUGCCAAACAGAUCCUGGCGACUCUGUUCCAGACGUGGAUGGUCCCUGCUGUGCGCAUAGACUUCUAUGAUGCAGAUGAGCUCAAGUCGGAAGUGUCUUGGAUCCCCAACAAACACUACUCUGGGAUUUACGGGCUGAUGAAGUUGGUUCUGACUAAGACUCUACCUUCCAAUCUUGAGCGAGUCAUUGUCCUCGACACAGACAUAACAUUUGCCACUGACAUUGCUGAGCUAUGGGCCGUCUUUCACAAGUUCAAAGGGCAGCAGGUUCUUGGCUUGGUGGAGAACCAGAGUGAUUGGUAUUUGGGCAACCUUUGGAAGAAUCAUCGACCCUGGCCAGCACUUGGGAGGGGCUACAACACAGGAGUUAUCUUGCUGCUUCUCGAUAAGUUACGGAAGAUGAAAUGGGAGCAGAUGUGGAGACUCACAGCUGAGCGGGAGUUAAUGAGCAUGCUGUCCACUUCACUGGCUGACCAGGAUAUCUUCAACGCAGUCAUCAAACAAAAUCCCUUCCUUGUCUACCAGCUCCCGUGUUUCUGGAACGUGCAGCUGUCUGAUCACACCCGUUCCGAGCAGUGCUACAGAGAUGUGUCUGACCUGAAGGUGAUUCACUGGAACUCACCAAAGAAGCUGCGAGUGAAAAACAAGCAUGUGGAGUUUUUCCGCAACCUCUACCUGACGUUCCUGGAAUACGAUGGGAAUUUGCUGAGACGGGAACUCUUUGGCUGCCCCAGUGAGGCAGACGUUAACAGUGAAAAUCUCCAGAAACAGCUGUCUGAGCUGGAUGAGGAUGACUUAUGCUAUGAAUUUCGUCGAGAACGUUUCACCGUCCAUCGCACUCAUUUGUAUUUUCUACAUUACGAAUACGAGCCUGCUUCAGACAAUACCGACGUAACGCUGGUGGCUCAACUUUCAAUGGAUAGGCUCCAGAUGCUUGAAGCCAUCUGCAAGCACUGGGAAGGUCCAAUCAGCCUGGCACUCUAUCUUUCUGAUGCAGAAGCCCAGCAAUUUCUGCGCUACGCCCAGGGCUCAGAAGUACUUAUGAGCCGCCACAACGUCGGCUACCAUAUCGUGUACAAGGAGGGCCAGUUCUACCCUGUGAAUCUGCUAAGGAACGUGGCCAUGAAGCAUAUCAGCACACCAUACAUGUUUCUGUCCGACAUUGACUUCUUGCCCAUGUAUGGACUCUACGAGUACCUCAGGAAGUCUGUCAUCCAGCUAGACCUGGCUAACACCAAGAAAGCUCUGAUCGUACCUGCUUUUGAGACCUUACGCUACCGCCUCUCCUUCCCCAAGUCAAAAGCAGAGCUGCUAUCUAUGUUGGACAUGGGAACCCUCUUCACAUUCAGGUAUCACGUCUGGACGAAAGGGCAUGCGCCAACGAACUUUGCCAAGUGGCGAACAGCCACCACCCCCUACCGCGUUGAGUGGGAAGCAGACUUUGAGCCAUACGUUGUUGUGAGGAAGGACUGCCCGGAGUAUGACAGGCGGUUUGUUGGAUUUGGCUGGAACAAAGUAGCUCACAUCAUGGAACUGGAUGCACAGGAGUACGAGUUCACGGUGCUGCCCAAUGCCUACAUGAUCCACAUGCCGCACGCCCCCAGCUUCGACAUCACCAAGUUUCGCUCCAACAAGCAAUACCGCAUCUGUCUCAAGACCCUGAAGGAGGAGUUCCAGCAGGAUAUGUCGCGCCACUACGGCUUUGCAGCCCUCAAAUAUCUCACGGCAGAGAACAACAGCUAGCACAAUGGAGCCCGUGUGUGGGAAACAGGGACACUGGAGAGACAAGCCACUCAACGUUUGGGGCCCAGUCUUCAAACUCCGAACUGAGAAAUACUUUCUGUUUUUAUAUCAUACCCGGCAGUUCUAACAGUAGAAAUUUGAAGUGACAUGUCUUUGGACUAUGCUCAUUCGUCCCUUCCCCGACUACCCCAGGCCUUUCAGCUUUAGCAUUCGUGAGGUGUCAACGAGAGGGGCCGGCCACACGCCCGCCGUGCCGCCGGAGGUGGGGACUGGGCAGGGGCUGGGAAUGCACUCUGCUCUCCUGACUGCAGAGCAAAGACAGACCUUCCGAAUAUAGGAUUUCAUGUUGCUAUUUAAUAAUUUGACAUGCUUUUUAUCUGUAAAGGAAGAUCUUCGGGUCGCUGUCCUGUGAAUUUCAAAUCUGCACUACUCUAAAAGGGAACUUCCACCUGUGAACUUUCACAGGGGCCCUGUUAACAUGGAUGACCUUGUUAAUGCAGGAUGAGCCAAAGGUCUGAAUUAGCCUUGAAAACGAAGGGGACGCUUAUACAAUACUGCACUCCAGAGAAGGUGUGUUACUGGUUUAGGUGUAUACAUGAUAUCAGUUGGUCUUUUAUUCUCAAAUCAGUUGUUUUAUCAGGAAAAUCCCCUAUACCCCACCCUGCCUUUUCCCCAGUCCUAAAUGCUGCUCCUUUCCUUGCCAAGGAAAUGUCGCCCUUGUGUUUCUUUCCCAUCUUUGGUUCUGGUGGUCCAGUAAAGAAGAUCAGUAGCUCUGCCAGAAAGUGAACAAAACUUGUCUGUUUUCACCAGAGCAACUUGUUUGUGUGUGUCUCGUAAAAUAAAGGGCCUGGCUGUAACUCUUUAUCUUUUUUAGGCAAGAAUUGGAUUUUGCCUAUGAGGCAUGUUGUGCGGGGGGAGGUUGAUCUGUAGGCUCAUUUCAGUGCAUGCCCGUCCGUGAAGGCAUUGGGCCUUGGGCUUUAAGUGGACUUCUUUGCUGAACAGGGAAUGUAAACAUGGCAACUAGUAGCCUUGGUGCUCUCCUGCUCCCUGCUGCAAGGUCUCAGAACUACUUCGUUAAAGGAGUUUAUAAUUAAAAGGAGCAGAACUGUUAGGAAUAAACUCCCCAUUCGAGGGGGAGAAAAGAAUGUGUUGGGAAUCUGAGUGUGAGUGUUUGCUUGAACGUGGGCUGGUCAAGUUCACAACUUUGGUACACACAGGAGUAUGCUUGAGGGCGGUCAGGAAACCUAACAAGCAAAAUGCAGAAAACAAGACACUGGACUUUUUGCCAUUUUCUUUAUUCUUCAGUAUUAAUGUUGUGUUUACAUGGGAUGAAGAGAUGAGGUUUAAUGCACUACCCGUUGCAGGGCUAUUUGUAAUUUCUGUUGCAAUGUUAAUACAGAAAGCAGAAACAACUCAGUGAGAAAUGCGUCUGUCUCCCUACCCGAGCUCCCCAUAAAACCAUGCGUACCAAUACCACUGCCUGAGUUGGGAAAUGGAUCCACAUUGCGUUCUGCUCACUUUUUUUCCAUCUUGUUUUUCAGCCUCUGGACCUUCUACUUUCCUCCUCACCUCAUCCCUCUAGAGCUUGGUUUUAUUUCUAACCUGACAUUUCGUGAGAGCUUUCUGUUACGGUGGAAACCACGCGGUUAAACCAGACAUUUAAACUACAAAUAUCAGUUCAUCAUGCUGUGUAUAUAUAAGAAAAGCCAAAAAAGGCAACAUCUUUGACAAGAAAUAAAAAGGGGCGGGAGGCUAUGUGUAAUUUUCACUUUUUCCCCUGGGAGCGUUGGCUGCAUAAGAAUACAUCACUGCGUAAUUUUCCAAAGUGCUUUUCCUCUGUUCUUAAUGGCUUUAUGUAAAGAUUUACAUAAAAAGCUAGGAAGAGCUGGGAAGAAGUUAAAUGAGUGCUCACUCCUGGCUAAGAUAUAUUUUUUAUAAAAAACCCAAAAUCUUAACACCCCAAGUCCCGUAUUGCUCACCAUUAAGGGCCCACAUCACUGUGCAUUUUGAGAAUGAGAAGAACCCUGCAGCACAGUCCUGUGGAUUAGCUAAUGCGCGGAAAGGUAUCAAAAGCUAAGAGAGGCUAACACUGGUUGUACCUACAUAAAAUCUCCAGUCAGAGCUUCAGUGUGGCCACCGUUAUGUUUCCUCUAUAUUAAAAACUUUCAUUUCCAGAUGUACAAUUCUCCUUGGCUUAACAAUGUUGCCCAAGGAUGGGACUGGGUUGCCCUGCAGCAGCACAACCUGUAGCACGGACCUAUACGGUGUUUGAAUGUGCCGUUAUCAACAUGAACAUUAGUCUUUCCUCGGUGGUGGUGGUGGUGAGAUGCAGAUGGCGGAGCAAGGAGGAAAUCGUUUGCUACUUGCCUAUCCGUACAGUGAGUCGUGAGACCUCCUGGGGUAGGCUUAGCAGUGCUGGCUGGUGAAACCAGCUCAAAGAUUAGUAGUAGGUUCAAAGAGCCCCCUUUUUUUUCCCCUUACAGACACUGACUUAUACUUGUCAUGUCAUGUUUGUCUAUGUGCUUUAUUAUUGGGGAGUUUUGGGGCUUGGUUUUUUUUAACACAUUUCAGCCAACAAUAGCAAGUUAGGAUUAUGUAUCUUUCUGUUACUGCCAGGGCUCCUCCAACACCGUGAAAAAAACACCACCAACAACAAAAAUCCCCAACUCAGUUAUAACACUGUCUUCCAGUCCUCUGCUGUAGUAGGUAUUUGCUAGCAACUUUGUUACUUAAUUCUCAGUUUUCUCCUGAAGUCUUCAAGAAAUACCAGAUAAACCUGGUGACUUAAUGCCUUUGAUUUAUUGAUUUGUUCCACCAACUUCUCUCUUGAGUCUUCAGUCUAUGACCUGUCCUUAUCUUUGAUAUUUGGAAAGUGUGAGUCUCUCAUUUAGAUAUCACUCCAGCACCCUCUCUGGUGAAGACUGAUGCAAAUAAAUCAUUUAGAUUCUUGGCAAUGUCCUUAUUGUCUUGAAUUGUUUCUUCUACUUAUUGUUUGGGGUGGCCUACCGGUUAUCUCCGGUUUUCUGCUUUUGGUGUACUGAGCAAAUGUGUGUUUUCAGUUUUAACUUCCUACUAUUUGCUCUUCAAAUUCCCUCUUAGCUUGCUCAAACUCCAUCUUAACUAUUACAUACCUUCCUUUCAGCUUUACAAAGUUUUGAUUUCCAUUCUCUGAAGGUUUCCUAUUCGGCACGAAUGACUUCUAAAACUACCAAUUUAGUCAUACCAGCAUUUCCUUGUCCUUGUCUUCCAUUUAUCUAAGGGAAUACCAUACUCCAUGGCUAUUUAUAAGCCCUUUCCAUUUUUAAUCUGAGGUUUUCAACUUUUCUUUUCUUUCAACUUUUCUUUUCUUUCUUCUGAUUCUUUCUUUAAAAUGAAAAAGGGGGUUUUUGUUUUUAAAUUUUUAUAUCUAAUAUCAAAUAUCACCCUACUAGGUUUUGGGUUUGUAUUUUCUUCUUUAACAUUCUUAAAUGCUAACCUUUUCCUAGUCAGGGGAUCAGAAAUAGAAACCUACAAAAUUCUUUUGUUCUUCUAAUUUGAGUUCUUAUCUUGACACAUUUUGUUCUGUGUCUCCCUUUUCCCCUUCCAGUUGAAAACAUUGAUACGUGUGAGUCGCUGAAACUUUUCAGUCCCGGAAGCCUCUUCCAGCACCAGAGCCUGAACUUUGUAUUUCCCAGCACCUUCUGACAUUCCACCACAUUUCAGACACAAUUAUUAUUCCAAAUAAUAAUCUGCUGGCUGGCACCCAAUCCUCCUAUUUUUGUUUUCAUGCUUCUCCCUUUGAUAUAACAGGCUUUGCAAGUUUAAGUUUUGGGCAAAGCACUUGCCUUUAUUUAAUGCCUUAUUUUAACCCUCUAAUAUGUUUCCAUGAUUUCUCUCUGUUGUCACAGCGUAUACCUUCAAAUGUUUGGCUGUAGUUUCCAUCCUGUCAUUUUCUGGCUAAGGGUCAUCUACCAUUUGCCUACCUGGCAGUCCUAGAAAAUGUCUUUGUUUAUCCCAAAUAGUCCUUAGCAUCUAUCAGAUUUUUUUUCCAAAUCCUAUUUUCAGUAGUUCCUUUCAGCCUUGCUAUGUGAGCAAUCUGGUUCCACUUUGUAAUUUGCAAUUUUUAUUCUAUUUGUAAUCAUUGUCUUGGACUCAGCGAUAUAAAGGAAUUAGCAGCUGUA